CCACAGCCCCGCGGAAGCCCCAGCCUCUGGUGGGGGAGCGGCGCGGGCUGAGCUGGGGCGGGGAGGAGCUGAGCGAUCCCCGGUGCCCGCGCCGGGGGGAGGCGGCCUCGCAGUGUGUGGGUGAAAGUCGGGGACAGCCCCGGCUGUUGCGGGGGCGGCCCCACGGGGUGCGGGGAUUGUGCCCGUCCAGGGCUGGGGCUCCGGGGGCCGGGCCGGCGCUGUUGUUCGCGGGGGAGUCUGGUCGGGGCACCUGGGGGCUGCAGGGCUGUACUCCUUUGUUGCGGCCCGCCUAUGCGGGGUCGAGUUUUGUCCUUCGCCUCUCUUUCCUCUUGUCUCGGAGAAAAGUUUCAGCUUCUCGCGGGCGCGCUCGGAUCCGCUUCUCCCCCUGCUCUGCUGUAGUGCCGGCUUUCAGCAACUUCCUCCUGUAGUUCCAACCUUUUCAAGUUGAGUUUUCCAGCGUGGUCAAGUUCACUGCUGGAGAGUUUUCUUUAUUAUCAGCGCUUCAAAAGUUUUGGAUUUUUUGCGGCCACUUCCCCCCCAUUCCGUGCAAUUUUCAUGACUUCUGAUGUUGUGACUGUUCUUUUUGUGAGAAGUAGUAAACUUGUGAAACCAGUUUCACUUUCAGGUUUUUGCUUUGAAAGUUAGAAAUACCUACUACAAAGCAUAUGGUGAUUAUAGUAAAAAAUUCUGUGUGUGAAAAAGCAAUUUAUUUUAAAAUGUGGCUGGCAACUGUUAAAAUUUUUCAAAUCUAAGCCUAGUCAAAAUUGAAAGCCGCAGGGCAAUCUCUUGUAUUUUAAAUUAAAAUUAUUUUGCACGUUUGAGGACCUGCAUUUACCUACUUAUUGUAUUCAACAGUUUGAUUUUGACUUAAAAGGAAUGAGCUAAGGCUAUGAGAGUCUAAUCUGGAGCCUUCAAUGAGAACUAAAAUAAUAUAUUCCCUUAAGAAGGCAAUAAAACUUGGCAGGUUAAUGUCCAUACUCAUUUCUUCAGCCUGGGCAUCGUUUUGAGGAAGUGGGUAAUGUAGGCUGUAGGAAACUAUGCAGAGGGAUCUUGUUUCCCAGGAACAGUUUAGGUGCUGUUCUUGAGAAUAUGUGGGCUUGUGCACAUGCUGAAAGAUUGCAAACUGGAAGUAAGAAUUCUCCUCAUUGUUCCCUAAAGAGCAAGGUGCCCCUGGCAGGAGUGGUAACAUUCAGAGAAGUUCUCUCUCAUUGGCUUUCAUUUCUCUUACCUUCUAAAAUUUGAUUUAAUUUUGCAAGGCUUUUCAUAUCUUCUGCAAACCACUACUGCAUUCCUUCAUUUCUCAGGUAAGUUGGAACACACUGGGGAUGUGGGAUCCUUUGCUGAACCUGGCUCUGAGUGGAAUGAAUUUAGGUGUUGAAGACUUUGAUUUUGGGUUGGUGGUGGUUUGGGGGUUCUUUGUAUUUAAAUUUGUUAUUUCAUUUGGGGGUUUGUUUGUUAAUUUUAACGGUAACGCAGUGUUUAAAGUGAAAUAUUUGCCUCUUCCUUUGCCGUACUCCUGUAAAGGCCUUAUAGAAAUGUAAUAGAGUUUGUAACAGAUUUUCAGUUUUAUCAAAACUCAGAUAUUUCACAGAUUAAUCAUCACACCCCUCCCCUCCAAAAUUUCCUGCUAAUGUGAUAUAUUUUUUUAUGAAAGAGUCUCCCCUCUUGUGUGAAACCCCCUGGGGAAGAGGCUAUGGACAAAACCAUUGACAAACAGCAGAAACUGGCUUCAGACAAAAUGCUGUCAUACAUAGCAAAUGAAGAGACAGGAAAAAACAUUUCUGUAAUUUUCCAGCAGAGAUUUUACUUAUAAUAAGAGUGGAAGGCACAUUUCCAGAUAGAGGACCUGCAGCUGCUGUGGGGAGAUGCUGCUUCAGACAGACAAGACAGAACGUAGUUCACAAGUGGAAAGGAAACACCGAGACUCGUUCGGGAUGUUUGACGGUUAUGAUAGUUGUAGUGAGGACACCAGCAGCAGCUCCAGUUCAGAUGAAAGUGAGGAGGAGGUUGCUCCUUUGCCAUCCAGUCUCCCAAUUAUCAAGAACAACGGGCAAGUUUAUACUUAUCCAGAUGGCAAAUCUGGCAUGGCUACGUGUGAGAUGUGUGGGAUGGUUGGUGUCCGAGAUGCUUUUUACUCUAAAACCAAGCGCUUCUGCAGUGUGUCGUGCUCCAGAAGCUAUUCCUCCAACUCCAAGAAGGCCAGCAUUCUGGCCAGGCUUCAGGUAGCGGGUAAACCUCCAACGAAGAAGGCUAAAGUUCUACAAAAACAGCCCUUAGUGGCUAAAUUAGCAGCAUAUGCCCAGUACCAAGCAACUUUACAAAACCAGGCAAAGACAAAAGCAGCAGCUGUCCCUGUGGAAGGUUUCAGCUGGGGUAACUACAUCAAUAGUAACAGCUUUACAGCAGCUCCUGUUACCUGCUUUAAACACGCGCCCAUGGGGACUUGCUGGGGUGAUAUUGCAGAAGGAGUGCGAGUGGAGGUUCCAAACACUGACUGCAGCCUACCUACCAAAGUCUUCUGGAUAGCUGGAAUUGUAAAAUUAGCAGGCUACAAUGCUCUGCUGAGAUAUGAAGGAUUUGAAAAUGAUUCGAGUCUUGACUUCUGGUGCAACAUUUGUGGGUCUGACAUCCACCCAGUUGGUUGGUGUGCAACCAGUGGGAAGCCCUUAGUUCCUCCUCGCAGCAUCCAACACAAAUACACAAACUGGAAAGCUUUUCUAGUGAAACGACUUACUGGUGCCAAAACACUUCCUCCUGACUUUUCUCAGAAGGUGUCUGAGAGUAUGCAGUACCCAUUCAAAACUUCCAUGAGGGUGGAGGUAGUGGACAAGACGCACCUCUGCCGGACAAGAGUGGCAGUGGUGGACAGUGUUGUUGGGGGCCGCCUGAGAUUGGUGUAUGAAGAGAGUGAGGACAAAACUGAUGACUUCUGGUGCCAUAUGUACAGCCCACUCAUUCAUCAUAUUGGCUGGUCUCGAAGUAUAGGACACAGGUUCAAAAGAUCUGAUAUUACAAAGAAACAGGACGGACAUUUUGAUGCACCCCCACACUUAUUUACGAAGGUCAAAGAGGUUGAUGCAGCUGGAGAGUGGUUUAAAGAAGGAAUGAAAUUGGAAGCUAUAGACCCCCUAAACCUUUCAGCAAUAUGUGUGGCAACUAUCAGAAAGGUAUUAGCAGAUGGCUAUCUUAUGAUUGGGAUUGAUGGCUCAGAAGCAGCAGAUGGGUCUGAUUGGUUUUGUUACCAUGCCACUUCCCCUUCUAUUUUCCCUGUUGGUUUCUGUGAAAUUAACAUGAUUGAGCUAACUCCGCCCAGAGGUACAGGUUAUGCAAAACUCCCUUUUAAAUGGUUUGACUACCUCAGGGAAACUGACUCAAUAGCUGCACCAGUAAAGCUCUUCAAUAAGGAAGUUCCAAACCAUGGCUUUCACGUUGGCAUGAAGCUGGAGGCAGUGGAUCUGAUGGAGCCUCGCCUGGUGUGUGUGGCCACAGUAACGCGCAUCAUUCACCGGCUGCUGAGGAUACACUUUGAUGGGUGGGAAGAUGAAUAUGAUCAGUGGGUGGAUUGUGAGUCCCCAGAUCUGUACCCUGUGGGAUGGUGUCAGCUCACUGGAUACCAGCUCCAGCCUCCAGCGCCACAGUCAUCAAGAGAUAGCCAGUCAAGUUCGUCCAAACAGAAGAAAAAAGCUAAAUCACAACAGUACAAAGGACAUAAGAAAAUGACUUCAUUACAGCUGAAGGAGGAGUUGCUGGAUGGAGAGGAGUACAGCUUCCUGCAGGGGACGUCUGACCAGGAAAGCAAUGGCUCUGCCAGCUAUUACAUCAAACAGGAGCCCUGAGGCAGCUCCCUGGAGUGAGGGGCACAGCAUCGGGGACAGGAAAAGAACCUUUCACCAACACUGACUGAUUCUGUUUCCACUUGGAUGGUGCAGUUCAGGUGACUGUGCCUGGGGCGCUUUGCUAAAUGUAGAUGAAUUAGACUCGGUUCAGAAUUUUUUGGAACAGUGUGGAAACUAUUUUAGUGAAAAAGAUUUUUCAAUUUAUUAAAAACAAAAACAAAGGACACUUUUGUGUUGUAUUUGAAGCUUUUGAAAGAAUUUUGUAAUAUUUUCAAGUUCAGAUUUAUUGUGCAUUGUUAACAAGAACUGAAAUUCUAGUUUUUUUGUAAGAUUAAAGUUUAUUUAGCAUGAUUGUGGGAAGCAGUUGGAGGAAGAUAUAGUUGCAAAUACAAAUGAACUGUCAUAGCAAAUGAACCUUUUUGGUACAAGUUGGGAGACUGUUGUACUCUUGUGAACUGCACUGGUCACGUCUCUGUUUUUUUAAUUGUGAAAAUAAGGCUUUAAAGCCCCGAUUUAAAGGCAUAAAUUAUAUACGGAAGACAGUCCUGUAAAGCUCUACUCAGUGAGUAGCCCCAAGUGCAACGGAGCCAUCACCUGAGGAAGAUUUUACAUUUUCAAGGUGUUUUUAUUUAGUUUAAAAUACCCUUUUUGAUAUAAGGUUUUUGGUUUUUUAACAUUUUUUAGGGGCUGAUUCAGUGCCCAUUAAUAUCAGUAGCCUUGUCUCCGCCGACUGCAGUGGGCAUUGGAUUUGAUCUAUAAAGCUCUUGUCUGUAUAUGAAUGUCUGUAGUCUUGGAAUGCUUCAGCAAAUGUUUACAGAGCCCUAUACCAAACUGGAACUUCAGAGAAUUCUGUGAUUGGAAGAUUAGUUGUAGCUCUGAAUUUUGACUGAAGAAGCAGCUUAGAUGGACAGUCACUAAGGAUUCGCUUGGUAGUGGGAAGGAACUUGUGAGUAUUCUUGUGAUUUUUUUUUUUUUUCCCCCCCAUUCAGAAAGCCCUAAAUGUUUCUUUACCAUCUUAAAUAUUUAUAUGUGAUCAUUCAGAUGAUGUGCCAUAUGGUUUCAGGUGACCUAAAAGGAGCCCUACAUUGUGGAUUAAAAAUAAGUUCAGUCCUGCAUAACCUGCAAUAUUCAUGUCUUGCUGCAAUAGUGUAACACAGGAGUUGAGAACAGUAUCAAAAUCACAUGGUUUUAGUCUAUAAUUCAGAAACUGGAUUUGCCUAUUGCCUGGAAUUCUUGUCUCAUGUCAAGCAUCCCAUUGCCCCCCAACUGGUCAACUUCCAGAUUUUUACAAGGCAAAAGUCACAUAAAAGGGUGAAAAUGAUGAGCAUUUAAGCACAAAGUAUUUUUGCAGGAGCUUUUAAUAAUUUGGAUUUUAUCUUUCCAUAUUUUAAACUUUUGUACAUUUUUGUAAAUGGAGUUGAUGAGUGAAGUGUUUGAUCAGCCCUGCAGAGCUGUGACUGGAAGAAUGUGCAUCAAGAGCUUUAGCUUUUACUGGUAAGGUUCAUUAACUAAACUCUCAGGAAUUAUAAAUUCUGUAAGUGCUUCUGGGUCUUCACAGGUUCCCUUCAGAGCAGUACAAUGAUCAUCUGACUCUUGACCAGAAAUUAAGGCUUAAAAAAAAAAUUGAUCAAAAAUUAUUAACAUCUGUAUCCUACAGCCUAAGAAAUGUUUUAAGGAUAUCAACCCACAAAGCCCCGGGAGACCAUUUUUUUGUAUAUUGUUGUUUGAGCUUAAAAAAAUAGUGCAUAGAAAGUUGAAAACCAGCAAUUUGAUUAUUUUCUAACAUAUCGCUCCAACUUUGGGUACAUAGCAUUGGUGAUAUACACAGGUUUACCUCAUUCUAUGCAAGGGGGGUUAAUUAUGUAAAGUUUUGUAUUUACUACAGGAAGUAAAGCAUGUGCUGUAUAGUUUAGGAAUGUCUGGAAUUCUUUCCUCCCUUACUGGUAAAAUUUCUUAAAUUACAACCUGUUUUUAACAACAGCUUCUUCUAUUGACAGAAUCUGUUAAUCUGAUUACAAGAAUCUGUAACUUCAGGUGGUAAAGGCAUUUUAGCUCGCUAAAAUAGCCAUAAAAAGGACUUUGUUGGACCUGGUAGUCUUCAAAUAGCUCAUCUCAGAUUCUGACCCACGAUGUUUAUUUUGAACAUCAAAAUAAACAGCCUAGAUUGGAGAACUAGGAUUAGAGACCAUUGUAGUGACAGUUUGAGCCUUGCUUGUUUUCUUGUGUUCUCAAUUUAAUCUGCUGUAAAAUCCAGCUCUGCAAGCAUUGAUUUCAUUUGGUAAGUAUAGCACUAUUGAUUUUUUAUUUUUUUUUUUUAAUGCAACAACUUGCAGGUUAUCCCAUCAGCUGGAACAAGGUUCUCACAGUCUUGCUUUCUUCUCUCAUCAACAGCUUCUGACUUCAGUAGAAAAACUGUUGCAUUAAUUAGUGUGUCAUAAUGUAGAGAGAGGGUUGGACUAGUUAAUGAGUGAGGUGCAUUGCCUGGUCACUAAACUGAGUAUUGCCCCGGCUCAUCCCUGAUUUCAGAGUUGAUCUCCAAAUGCCAAGAGGGAAAAUUAGUCCUUAACACACUUCCUGUGUUGGGAGAAUUAUAAGAGUCUGUCCUAAAGUCUGUCAGUCUUUAUAAUAUUCCUUUAUUCAUCAAACACUAAAGUCUGUGAGGUGAUCUAUGUUCUCAGGUACCUGUGUGACUUCAGCAGUUGGUGAAACGCCUUUUGUGUCUCUGGGUUCAUAAUAUGCCUCAGUUGUGUAAUUGUCAAGUACAGUGACAUCUGUGCUAAGCAAACCAUGGAAGGAGCUGCUGGAAGUCACUUGCUGAGGAGCAGCUCAGGGAAAACCUGAGCAAGGUGCUACCAGGGAUGUGGUCCCCAGAGAACCUGAGGGGUGGCCCUGUGGCAGCUCCCUGGCUUUGCAAAGCAUUCCUGUGGCUCUGGGAUGUUUCUCAUGGCUUUCAAGCUGUAGUACCUGCCUGAGGGAGCAGCAAAUGUUGGACACCCAAAACCUUCAAUGGGGUUGGACUAAUGCUGGCAUUGGGCACAGCAGGUUUUUCUGACCAUGAGGCAGCCCAAGCCCUGUCCCUGACUUGGCUGCUGUCCUUGUUCCAGAUCUCUCUGCUGAUCUUUGAUUAUUACAUUAUUUUCAAUAGAACUCUAACCUGUUCCUUGCUGCAUCUGAGGAAAGCUACAGCAGUUACUGAUUCCUUGUUCUAUGGAUGCUAACACGGGUUGCAGUGUUUGUUUUGGGUUUUUUAUUGUUGUUUUCUGUGAUGUGAAUACCCUCCCUCGAUCUUUGUAUGAUGGUGCUAACACAUUUGGUAACAAUCCUUUAUUAGGAAGGGAUUUCAAAAAACUGUGAUUUUAGCUGAAUUUUUCUUCCUUUUGAUUUUUUUUCAUAUUUAAAAUUAAAAGCCACAGCCAUUUAUACAAAAAAGGCAUCAGCUUUGGCCCCUGGAAAAAUGCUGGGGGCAAGAAUCAAGAAUAAACAAGUGGGUUUUUACAUAAUUUCUGUAUGUAUUUGAUAUAUAGAUCAAUAUCUGUACAAAUUUAAUCUUUUAUUUUCUUUGUAAUUUGUGUGGUCACUGAGGGAGUAUUUAAAGCUUUCUCAUGCAAUGUACAUAACUCAGUGAAAAAAUGCUUUUGGAAAAAUUAAUGUUACUUUCAUUUUUACAAGACUGCGGAUUUUCAGCAUGGAUGUGAAAAGCAUUAAAUCAUAACUUUGUGUACAAGAUAAAAAUAAUUCACUAAAUUUGCCUUUUUUACACAAAAUAAAAAUGAUUAAAAGUCUU